AAACAGUUUCAGUUUUAGAUGAAACCGGCUGCUCUCUCUACCUCUGACAGCCUCUGUUAAUCACAUUGUAAUAAACUGCCAAUCAAAUCGGAAACAACAGGUGUCAGUCGACCUAAUUAGGAUAAUAACGUUAUUAUUAAACAUAUUUUGUACAAAAUUAUUUAAUUAAAUAUGGUAUUAUACUUUAUUUAUUUUAACUUUCCUAAGACACUAAGUAGAAAUAAAAAUAUUCCUUAAAUAAAAUAAAAUAUGUAUCCGGUCAUUCCAUCAGCUGCUACCACGUCGUACGUGUAUGUGACGUAACCACGUUCACGCCCGCCCCGCCUACGCCACCGCGUCCGUCUCCCACGGCAACCAAGCGCACUUGUGUCGCUUAUCAAGGAUGGAUUCCCUUACAGGGAGUGAGAUGGCACAGAUAGCGAGACAGCAGAGAGAGGCCGGUGUGCAGAGGCUCAGCUGUCACUUCUCAUGGCCCGAGUUCUGCGAUGAACGGCGGUGCUUCCAUCAGGAGUUUGUGUAUGACAUCGCCAUGUUCGCCGCAGCCCGUGGCUUCCCCUGGCCCGACGUGAUCCGGGCAGCCGAGACCGUUAAAGACAUCUUCCCACAGCUGGACGGUCUCGACGUACCCAAGCUGUCGUCCUUGCUGAGAGACGUGCUGUCUGAGUGUUUGCCCAGCCUUACCUCUGUGCACCGACAUGAGUUCACCCAGUUCCUCACCGACACCUGCACCACCCGGCGGAGGCUUUUCCAGGCGGUGGUGGGCGGAGCCGCUAACAUGUCCAUUGCUCAGCUGCACUUGGAGGUGCAGCUGCCGCCCACACCCUGUCCUCUAGCACAGGGCACAGACCUGCACGAGUGGGAGUAUCAGCGCCAUCAAGCCGAGCUAAGCGCAACGUUGCUUCAGAAGGAGGAGAAGCUGAAGGCGCUCCGAAAUGGGUCAAGGGUAACACUGGGGGAGAUAGAGGUACCUGAGGAUGAGCAUCUGGACAAAGAGGGGGUUUUGGCGCUGGUUCGUGCAGCAGUGAGGGCCACAGAAGACCAGAUGCUGGCGAGUCUGACCCAAGAGGCCUCCCUGCUCAGUGACAUCCUGCAGAUCAAGCUGCAGCAGGCUGCAUUGGCCACCAGGAGGCUCCACAAUCCUGUUCUUUCAAAUGCAGGUCACAUUAGCUCCCAUCCAGACGCACAAGCAAAGGCAAAGCCGAACACAGCAAAAACAAAAACAGGACAGAGAGAGUCUGGAAAUGCAGUAAAGACUGGACCUCAGUGAGAAUUAUUUAAUCUAACAAUUCAACUCUCUUGCUUGUGGAUUAUUAAGUUUUUGUUGUAGUUCCUGCUUCAGUGUCCAGUGUGGAAUAACUUCUAAUUAUCCAUUGAGGGGAUACUAUACUGGAAAUUCAAAAGAUGUUAAUUGUCAAGAACAGUGAGACUAGACGCGCAGCAAUGUUCACAACCUGCUUUAUGAUCAUGUGCAUACACACUGUGAGUGUUUACAAAUGAAAAGUCAUAAGAACUGGUUUCAUUCAAGUGCAAUUUUAAAAAAAAGUCUUUUGAUUUGACAGAAAAAGCUGCAAAGAAUAACAUUAUAAAUAACAUCAAUAUUCAAAAACACA